AUGCAGGACGUCUUGAAAGUGGUGGCCAGACAUGAACAGCAGCUGGCGGCUAUACUGGAGCAGCACAGCCGGGCCGUGGACGGAGCCAUGCACUCCAUGCGAGAUCAACUCGAAGCUUUGAAUGUCCAGAAAGGUGUUCAAGCCCCAGGUGGCAAGCACCGCCAGCUUCACAUCUGCCUUGGUCCUGCACCCACUCUCCAGCCCAAGUUCGCCUCGGAAGACCCAGCCUUUCCCGAGGAGUCGCCCUGCUUCUCGCGGACGGCAGCUGAUGUGAGCCCGAGCCACUCAGAGGGUUCAAACAUCUCCGAUGGCUCUGUGGCUUCAGAUGUAUCUGAUGUCGCUGCUUCAGAAAUGUCUGCAGCAUGGUCCUCGGGGCAGCCGGUUUCAGAGCCGGACGCGAGCAUGGACGGGACAAACAGGAAGGAUUCCUUGACGAACGGCCGGAAGAAGAAGAAGAAAAAGAAGGAUCGCUCGACCAAAUGCCAGAAUGACACGGUCGUCAACCUCUUGAGGGAGUCCUCAGAUAGCAAGCUGAACCAGCGUUCGAGCGUCGAUGUGUGCAUGGAAAAGGUCGCAUUUUACCUGGAUCAUGUUGCUGGAGCCUUGGUGCUUCUGAAUUCGGUUUUGCUUAUGCUGCAGCUGGAGAUCGAGGGUCGCCAGAUUGCCUUCCAGCUGGGCGUGCAUGCCGAGCGUCAAAAUUUCGACCAUCUUCUGCCUAUUUUCCAGGUGAUGGACAGCGUGUUUGUUUUCAUUUUUCUAGCAGAGCUCCUCAUUCGCCUCGUCCUCGAAAGGUCGAGGUUCGUGAAGGAUAUUGCAAACUGGCUGGACUUCAUCCUUGUUGCAGGUGGAUUGGUGGACCUCUCCUUGACGAUGGUUCCAUCAUCUGCUGCCGGGGAUCAGGACAUGGUUACCUUACGCUUUGUCUCGGCGCUGAAGGCUUUCCGGGCCAUUCGAAUGGUGAGGAGCUUCAGAUUCUCGCCGGGGCUCCGUAUGCUCGUCAAGGCUUGCCAGUGUUGCUUGCCUUCGCUGUGCUGGUCCAUGUUGCUCUUGACGGUCUUCAUGUGCAUGGGGGCUCUGAUCUUGGGCAACCUGCUGCAAGACUUCAUCAAAGACGAAACGAGGCUUCUGGAAGACCGUGUAUGGGUCUGGAAUCGGUAUGGCACCACUUACCGCGCUCUGUACACCCUUUAUGAAAUCACAUUUGCAGGGAAUUGGCCUACGAACGUAAGACCGAUUCUCGAGAGAGUGAGUCAAGCUUACGUGAUCUUCUAUUUCCUUUACGUCACAAUUAUUGUCUUCGCCGUCAUCCGUGUGAUAUCAGCCAUCUUUCUCAAAGACACGCUUGACGAGGCCAACAAUGAUGCGCAGCAUCUGGUCUUGGACAGGCUUCGGAAGAGAGCGGCGUACGUGGAGAGGUUGGAGGGUUUGUUCAACGCCAUCAUCGAUGACGAGGGCCGCGAAGCAGGCAUCCUCACAGAGAAGCGGUUGGCUGAAAUUCUCGCAAACCAGAAAGUCAAGGCAUAUUUCUCAACGCUCGAGAUUGAUGUGCAAGAGGGUGCGGCUUUGUUCCACCUCCUGGACAACGGCCAGGGGGAGGUUACCUUGGAUGACUUCAUCAGCGGCAUCAUGAGAUGCAAGGGGGCGGCCCGAGCGAUCGAUACGUUUGCUCUUCAAAAUGAUGUCAAGCAGCUGGAUGCCAAGUUGCAGAAGCUGAUGGCUCGCCUGAAUGUGAAUCAACACAGCAAGCUCGUGUAG